AACCCCAAAGUUCAUAUUUCAUAUAUAAAAUUGCAUCUUCUUAACAUUCCUUUCUUAAUUUAAUCUCUCUGCUUUUUAGUUCUUGUUCAUCUUUUGGAUUCUUUCUCAUAUUUAAAUUACAAAUUGGGUUUUUGUUCGCAUCUAUUGAUUGUGGCUGCUCCAGCAUUCUUUUGCCUUUCUAAAGGCCACAAUCUCAAGUGAUUGUUUUGUUCUAUUCUGUUCCUGUUGCUUCUUUGAGGCUGUUUCUCUGCUUUCUUGUUAGUUUCAGUGCUGAUUUUGGGGAUUUCAACAAUUUCUUGUCCUGUUUGUUUUCAUGGGGUUUUAGACUUUGGAGUUCUAUUUCCUUUUUGGGUGUUUAAGAGAUGGAGAAAAAUUGAGGUUUGAGGGUUUUUUUGGGUAAUUAAUGGUGGGGUUUUGAGAUUGUUCCCAAUUGAAAGGGAGAUGACUUCUUUUAGUGGAUUGGGAAUUGGGUUGAGUUUAGUUUUUGGUUGUCUUCUGUUUGCUCUUGUUGCUGAGCUUUACUAUUUGCUUUGGUGGAAGAAAAGAAGCUUCAAUUCACAAGUUGAAGAUGAAUUCACCAAUUACGCUAAGGAGUUUUUUCAUCUCAUUUGUUGGAAUUGGAAAAGGGGAUCUUCUUCAUUACAACCCAACAAUUUUAGAGAAAAUCAAAGGAAUCUAGAAGUGAGAACUCAAGAAUCUGACAUUGAAAUUGGUUGUAGGAAGGAUUUGUUGUUGAAAUCAUCUGGAGGAGAAGAUGGAGUUGAGUUAGAAUUAAUGAGACUGCAUAAUCUUGCAGGUCCACCUAGGUUUCUUUUCACCAUUAAAGAAGAAACUAAAGAAGAUUUAGAGUCUGAAGAUAGAAGCAGAAAAGGAUCAAGAACAAGAAGUUUAAGUGAUCUUAUUUUGACUGUUGACACUCCUUUUCUUACUCCUUUGCCUUCUCCUCCAUUGAAGGCAACAUCUCCAUUAAAUCCCUUGAGUUCUUUCAAGCACCAUGGAUUCAAUAUAAACCCUCUCUUUGAAUCAUCAACAGAUUUGGAUUUGAACAGACUCUUAUCUUCACCUCCCCCAAAAUUUAGGUUCUUAAGAGAGGCAGAAGAGAAACUGUAUAGAAGAUUAAUGGAAGAAGCUCAAAAGAAGGCUUGUAAUAAUGGUGGGUCAGUUCAGAAUUAUGAAACAAAAGCCAUUUCAAAUCCCAAAGCAGCUGUUGAAGAAGAAGAAGAAGAUGGGUUUUGUUGUACAAAAGAGAGAGAGCCUGAAAAUCAUCAUGCUUCACAGUAUUCUUCAAGUUCUUCACAGGUUCUUCCUUUAGCUUCUCCUUUUUCAGAGCAUAUAUAGAUUUGAUAAUGUUUCAUUAGAUAGGUGUUUAUGAUUCAAUUGAUAUUUCUUCAGCUUUUGAGUUGAUUUGCAUUAUGUAUCAAAAUGCAAACAACUUUCUCACUUUGGAUUGAUUCAAUGAAUUAAUUAAAUUAACCUUUUUCAUUCCUUUUCUUUUGCCAUUCCAGUCAAAAUGUCUAGCAUUGCUGAAAUUUGGAAAUCUGACACUCUUUCAAUAGUGGACAAAAACCAAUUAUUACAUUGUCUUCAUUAACAACCAAUACAAUAUAUUCAUUUGCAGA